UAGCUUGGUAACCGCUCAUUAUUCCGGUCACUCCGACAAGUACCUUAUAUCUCAAACAUGUUCAACGAUGCCUUAGUUUUGCGGAGUUCAGCGAAAGAAUGGCCACUGGAACGCGCACCUACAAGAUAAAAGACAAAAAUUUCGAGGUUAAGUUCGAGCUUGAUACUCGCUACAAGCUGUUGGAGAAUAUAGGCAAUGGAGCCUAUGGUGUUGUGUGUUCCGCCGUUGACACCAAGAAUGGCAGUAAAGUUGCAAUCAAGAAAAUUCCCCGAGCAUUCGACGUGGUGACUACAGCCAAACGAACUUAUCGAGAGCUCAAGAUCUUGAAGCAUUUUAAGCAUGACAACAUAAUCUCCAUCAAGAAUAUUCUUAAACCUCCUGAAGAUCUGGAGCAGUUUGACGAUGUUUACGUAGUUCUAGAUUUGAUGGAAACUGAUUUACACCAUAUAAUUCAUUCUCAGCAACAGCUGACCGACGAACACGUUCGCUAUUUUCUGUAUCAGAUUCUUCGUGGAUUGAAGUACAUUCACUCUGCAAAAGUCCUGCAUCGAGAUCUGAAACCUAGCAAUUUGCUGGUCAACCAGGAUUGUGAGUUGAAGAUUGGAGACUUUGGAAUGGCCCGUGGUCUAUCUUCCUCUCCUUCAGAACAGAAGAGGGUAAUGACAGAGUAUGUAGCUACCAGAUGGUACAGGGCUCCUGAACUGAUGCUGUCGCUAAGUGAAUACUCGGAAGCAAUCGAUAUGUGGUCUGUGGGUUGUAUUUUCGCAGAAAUGCUCGGAAGGAAACAUUUAUUUCCAGGGACGAACUAUCUCAACCAGUUGCAGCUUAUCCUUAGUGUUGUUGGCACUCCAUCAGAGAGUUUCAUUGAGCGAAUGGGGGCAGAACGAGUGAAGACUUAUCUUCAGCGACUUCCAAAGAAACAACCAGUCCCACUGGAAAAGCUUUACCCUGAAGACAAAUGCCAUCCUGAAGCACUGAAUUUGCUGGGGAAAAUGUUAAAACUUGACCCAAAUGAGAGAAUAUCAGUUGGUGAUGCACUGGCUCACAAGUAUUUGAAAGAAUACCACUGCAUUGACGAUGAACCAGUGUGCUUUCCACCAUUUGAAUUUGACUUUGAGGACAUUCCUUUUACUAAAGAUGAUCUUAAAGCAAGGAUACUGAAAGAAAUUGAGCAGUUUCACAAAGAAAAGUCAUUGAUUUUGUCUCCCGUUUCAAGCCUUCCAAAAGAAUUACAGUCAAGUCAAGUUUCCUCAACACAAUUAAGAAAUGAAAAUGGUCAUAGUGCACUUAAGAAAGGGAAUGGCCCAGUUUCCUCUUUGACUCUGGUGGAUGUUAAACAGAAGAUGGAGCAAAAUUUGAAGAGGAAAAAAGAGAAAGAAGAGAAUAAAAAGAAGAAGGCCAAAGCAGCUAGAAGGCAAUCUGAAAACAAAGAAAUCAAGUCAGAUGACUCCACUGGGCUCAGUGACAAAGAUAAAGAAAUGUUAGCUAGAUGGGAAAACAUGAGAAAACAAACCAAACCAUUUAUACACCCAAUCAGAAAAUACAUGCAGGACCUCAAGGAAUUAAAAGAUGAGGUUACAGGUGGAGAUCUUCAACCAGGUACUACAGUCACCUCACAACCAGUUGUACCCCCUGGGAGUCAUGCACAGCAGCAGUUUCAGUUCACGCAGUUUGUACCUCAGAACCAAAAUGGCUGUGUGACAGGGUUGAAAGCUGUUAAGGUCCCAAAUCAAGGGUCAAAUGUGAUGCAAACUCUACCAGGAAGUAGAAUGGCUGCACCAGGGGGAAAGAUUGUUCUUCUAGCCCCCUGUGAAGUGGCUUCUCUACCACAGUCCAUGCUAAUAAACGUUCCUGUUCCAAUGGCAACUAAACAAUUGUAUCCUGCUUCUCAGAAAUUAACAACCCAUGGUCCGUCUAAACAAGUUUCUCUUACAAGGAUAAGCAGUCAAGAAAGUGUGGCUAGUGUGCAGAAUAACAGCACAACAAAUUCUGUUAGCAUGCCACUUCCGGCUAAAUCUGUUCUCACUUGUGCAAGCAGUACAGGUACUGGAAAAGCUGUCGGUAACAAUGCAAGCAAUCAAACAAAUAGUACUGCUGUUUCAUCUGCAGUAGAAAUAUCAAGUGCAGUGACUGGUGUCAUCACACAACUGCCAACAACUGCGGUGUCAUCAACCUCACUGUUGACAAGUUUGUCAUCUUCUGUUCCAGUUCUUUUGCAACAGUCAUCCAGGAGCUCUCAAACAUUUUUGACUCCCACUGUAGUUGGUCAGCCAGGAUUACCUUUAGGGGCCAAAGUUAGUAACCAAGAGGAAAUUGUGUCAACAACUGGAAACAAACCUGACUACAAUGCAAUGAGUACUCCCUCAAGGAACAUUCCUGUGAUUCUAAACAACUUGGUAAAUACAGCAACUGUUGGUCAGGAACGACUACCAAUAAUUUCACAAACCUCAGCGAUAACUGAAUCACAUGUCAAAGUUUCUGCUGACAAAAGUAAUUCCUUGUCAAAAGCCUCAUCUCAAUUCAUGUCCACUGUAAAUGACUACUCUUUACAAAUACCUCUAUCUCUGUCAACUCAAGCUACACACACAGGGAGUAGCACUGCUCUUUCAACUGUAAGCAAUAUCUCUUGGAAUAAUGUUGCGCAAACUUGUACAGGUCAAGCAGUUCAAGCUUCUGCUAUAACACAGACCACAAGUGCUUUCCCAUCAAAUUCAACUUUCUCACAAUAUGGUUCAUCAUUUUCCUUGAGUGAUUCAGCUGUAUCAAAUGCAGCACCUUUAGAAACUGAGUUAAAUGUGUGCGGCAUGCCAGCACCUUCUCUUAUGAGUCCAAGAAGCCUUCAAGCCAUGUUACAAACCAUGCUGAGUACCACAGAUGCCCAGCUUCUUUGGAGUUCAAUGCUUAACUCUUCAGUAAUUCCACCCCCCAUCUUUAAACAAGCUGAUACUGCAAACAGUACAGCAACGAUGACCUCCACAGCAGCAGAACCCUUCCCAAAGAUAUCACCUCUUGAAAAAGGAUCAGAACAGUUCAUAUCACAGCAGAGCGAGUUCAAUGCACAGGGAACUGAAGCAUCACAAGAGGACAAUGAGCUAAUCCCUGAGAGCAUCCAAGAUGCGUUUAGCGACCUCAAUGUUCAUGGGAUCACUGAGCAAGAAAGGUUAUCAGAGGAGGUAAUCUUUUCCAGUAUGCUGUCUUCUAAAGCAAAUGCAACUGGAAGUGGCUAUGGUUUAGGAAUUGAUUUUGAGGAACUUCUUGAUCAAGCUGGAAUUGUUCAGGAUCCGGUUCUCAACAAUUUAUCCAGCCCUUAUAAAGAUUCCUGCUUGACGCUUCCUGGUAGCUUACCAAACAGUCCUUCACUAUCUGCUUCUCUGCUAUCUGACUGGUUGGAUGGCAAGGAUAUGCUUCCUGUUGAUAUGGAUGAGAUUCAAAAAGAGCUGGAAUCAAACUCAGUGCUUGCACUGUUCCAAGAAAUGGAUGAUUCUUGAUGUCUCUAGAUAUGUAUCAUUGUAAUAAAUUAAAUACU